AUGAAGGCAAUUUUUUGCAUAAUUUCUAUUUUGAUAUUUUUGAAGUUUUUCUGGAUUUAUUCAAAUGAUCCAAAAACGAAAAUAUCUGAAGAACCUGGAACGGUUAAAAUCAGAAUAAAUAAGAAAGUAUUGCCAGUUGCUGAAAUAUUUAUUCAAAAGCAAAUCGUGGGUAUUAUUUGAAAAAAAAAAGAAAAUCCAAUUUUUUCCAGAACAAUGAAGUUCCAAAUUUCAAAAUUCCUGAAAUUCACGAGAAAAAGUGUAGAUGGUAUGGUUGUGUCAGAUUUAAUUCAAAUGUUUGGGAUGUUAUUGAAUAUCAUCCUCCUCAAAUCAAUCAUACAUAUUCUACAUUAGGAUUUGCAAUCACAACAAAUGGUGGAAUGAUACGUUUCAAAAGUCAUUAUGUAUUAAAAUACUAUAUUCCAAAGUUCACAGGUUGGAUAACUAUAAAAGCUGAAGGAAUAAAUUUCAAAACGAUAUUAUCGUUGUAUAUGGUAAAAGAGAAAUAUCAAAUUCGUUUGACUUCUUGUGAUGUUUCAAUAAAUGAUUUGAAAAUGAGGAAUUCGGGCGGAUCAAUAUCAGAUAUAAUCAACCACUAUCUGCCAUCAGUUGCGAGAGACAUUCAAAGAACAAUCAGUGGAAGAGCGUGUUCGGAACUACAGAAUAAUAUUAACAAAGUCAAUAAUAUUCUACUAAAUUCUUCAACUAUUGAUAUUGGAAAAGGAUACAAACUGAAUUAUGAAUUGAUCGAGCAACCUGUUUAUUCGAGGUUAUUUUUUAAACGUUUUUCUAAUUUUGAAUAUCCUAAUUUACAGAGAUUAUGUUGAAUUUGUGAUGAAACUGAAAUUUUUGUAUGAAGAAAAAAGAACUAUUAUCACCACAAAUCUCGGCUUUAGCUACACAUCAAAAAAAUGGUUGGAAAAUCUCAACCAAUUCGCCAAUGUUAGAAGUUUCGAGUUCUGUUGAUGUUUUCAAUAAUUUUCUUGAUAUUGCUCAUCAUAAUCUAAUGGCCAUUAUAACCAAAGAUAACCCGGAAAUCGCAUCGAAUCUAAGAACUUCUUGCGAGUUUUUUUCAGCUUGUAUUGGUGAUUUGUUUCCAAAACUUGGAAAACUUUAUCCUAAUAAUACUGUUGAUAUUUUGAUACAUACAAAAUCAAAACCAAAUAUCACAUUUGCAAAUGAUGGAAUCAAACUUGAUAUCGAUCUUUUUGCGGAUAUAUUCAUCAAUCCAUGGAAAAAUAAUACAAAAAGUUUAGCCCGAUUGUCAAUAAAACCAUCAAUAAUUACCAUAAAUGCUAUCAUAUCUAAAUCAAAAUUAUUCAUUGAUGUUAAACAAGAUAUAUCUUUUGAAAUUGAUGAAGUAUUCUCGGAAAUUGGAAGCAUUUCAUGGUUGUAAGUUUGAAAAUUUUUUAAAAUUGCUACGAAAAAGUUUAUUUUAUUACAGAGUUUCGUUCAUAUUUAAAUUGGUUCUGAAAAGUGCAGUACAAAAUUUUAUUCGUGGUUAUGCUGAACAGGGAUUUGAAAUUCCAAAUUGGCAAAAUUUGUCAAUAGCAGAACCAAGCAAGAUUCUAACAUCUAAUGAUACAAUAUUUUUCGACACUGAUUUAACGAACUUAUAA